AUGUCAGAUCCUCGCUCUUCGCACGCUCCAGGCUAUCUCAAGGAUGCAUCCCUGGAUUUGACUGCUCGGUUCCUGCCCGCCAUUGCUACGGUAGCGCUUGUAGUUGUCAGCGCAAUAGCGUACACUAUCUUCAAUAACAACUCAAAGUAUCCCCUAGCGAAUCCUCCUGGAUGGUUCCAGACAAAACUUUCCAAACGGAUAGAAUUCCUAAAGGAUGGGAACAGGAUUCUUGGAGAAGCUAGAAAGCGGUACGGUGGGAGGCCAUACAGACUCAUCACGGAUUGGGGAGAUAAUCUUAUCCUUCCGGCAGAUCGUGUUACUAGCAUUCAUCUCGAGAAAAAACUAGCCCUUUCACCGGCCGUACAUGACGACUUUCACGCUGAUGUUGCUGGCUUCUCACCAUACGGGCUUGCAUGGAUCGGGCAGAACAUAGCUAGGAAGCAUCUCACAAAGUCUAUAAAAUGGACGGAGUCCAUUGUCAUGAAAGACGUCUUAAGCCUGAUCUCUCGCAUAUCCUCACGUGUCUUCCUUGGGGAAGAGUUAUGUCGCAACGAAGCAUGGCUCCGCGUAACAAGAGAUUGGACAGUGCAGUCUUUUGAGGCAGCUAAUCUGAUGACUGUAUGUCCGGGUGCAUUCAAGUUCUUGAUGCCUCGGUUCUCAAAGAAGUGCAAAAAUGUUCUGGCGAUAUAUAACGAGGCACGCGGUAUCCUCGAACCAGUCAUUGAACGUAGGCGCCAGCUCAAGGCCGAGGCGAAACGCAAGGGCACGCCCAUCCCGAUUUUCAGUGACGCGAUCGAGUGGGCCGAAAUCGAGAGUCGAGGAAACCCAUACAGCGCUGUGGACUGUCAAUUAAACCUGUCAUUCGCUGCAAUUCACACGAGCUCAGGCUUGCUCAGUCAAGUAUUGACGCGUCUUUCUAAUGAGCCGCAUCUAAUCACGCCACUACGACAUGAAAUCAUUGAGGUGCUUACAGCCGAGGGCAUGAAUAAGAAUUCGCUUUACAACCUGAAGCUCAUGGACAGUGCGCUUAAAGAAACACAGCGGAUAAAACCAGAUCAAAUGCUAAAUUUGAGAAGGAUGGCCACGGAUAAUGUUGUCACCUCUGAUGGUCUUGAGAUCAAGAAAGGUCAAAGAGUUGUUGUGGAUUUGGGCAACAUGGUCGACUCAAAGUCAUAUUCGGAGCCAGAGAAGUUCGACAUCUACCGCUACUACAACUGGCGACAAGACCCUGCCACCGCCGUCAAGUCCCAGUUAGUUGCCACUAGCGCUGACAACCUAACCUUCGGUCACGGAAACCACGCUUGCCCGGGCCGUUUCUUCGCUGCGAACGAGCUCAAACUUGCUCUCUGCCACCUCUUGCUAAAAUAUGAUUGGGAAUUGUCACCGGACGCAAGCCUAGAGGCUCUGCACCCGGCCGCAGUUAUGUCGAUUCUGAAUCCGAGCAACAAGAUUCGGUUCAGGCGUCGCAAGGCGGAGUUGGAUAUAGAUGGUCUAGUGUAA